CCCCCAACUACCCUUUGUUCCCCUCUCUCUCUCUCUCUCUCUCUCUCUCUCUCUCUCUCUCUCACUCGCUCUCCCUGCAUUGUCUGAGAAUCUGAAAGGCGAACUCUCUCCCUCUCCUCUUGGUUUUUCUGUUGUUGCUGCAUCGCUUUCUGGUCUUUAAUUUCUCCAAUUCUGUGGAAAUAUUGGUCUUUCUCUAUCUCUCUCUCCCCCUUCCCUGACUAACUGUUUUCAAAACACACCAAUAUCUCUCUCUCGCUCUCUCUCUCGCUCUCUCUCUCUAUAACUGUUUUUGGUUCUUUCUUUCUAAUUCUUACUCCAACCGCUUCCAAUGGAAGCGGCAGCAAGUGAAGAUUGCUGUGUGAAAGUUGCAGUUCAUGUUAGGCCGCUUAUCGGCGAUGAGCGCCUCCAGGGUUGUAAAGAUUGUGUCACAGUGUUCCCGGGGAAGCCUCAGGUGCAACUUAGCACACAUUCCUUCACUUUUGACCAUGUUUAUGGGGGCACUGGCUCUCCCUCAUCUGCCAUGUUUGGAGAGUGUGUUGCACCUCUUGUGGAUGGUUUGUUCCAAGGAUAUAAUGCCACUGUUCUCGCUUAUGGUCAGACAGGCUCAGGCAAAACAUAUACCAUGGGAACUGGCUUCAAAGACGAUUGCCAAACUGGACUAAUUCCGCAAGUUAUGAAUGCUUUGUUCUGCAAGAUUGAAACUCUGAAGCAUCAAACUGAAUUCCAAUUGCACGUUUCGUUCAUUGAGAUUCUAAAAGAAGAAGUACAAGACUUACUGGAUUCCAUUUCUGUGAACAAAUCAGAGGCAACAAAUGGGCAUUCAGGGAAAGUAGCUGUCCCUGGGAAACCACCAAUACAAAUCCGUGAAACAUCUGAUGGUGUUAUUACACUGGCUGGGUCUACUGAACGUAGCGUUAAAACGCUGAAAGAAAUGGCUGAUUGCCUGGAGCAAGGAUCAUUGAGCAGGGCAACAGGGAGUACAAACAUGAACAAUCAAUCAAGUCGUUCACAUGCCAUUUUCACCAUUACAGUGGAGCAAAUGCGUAAGCUUAAUCCAGUUAGUCCUGAUGAUGGCAGUCUGAAUGAGUGUAUGAACGAUGAAUAUCUCUGUGCCAAGUUGCAUUUGGUGGAUCUUGCUGGAUCAGAGCGAGCGAAAAGAACAGGGUCUGAUGGCUUGCGUUUUAAGGAAGGAGUUCACAUUAAUAAGGGCCUUCUUGCACUUGGUAACGUUAUCAGUGCACUUGGUGAUGAGAAAAAGCGGAAAGAAGGUGUACAUGUUCCAUAUCGGGACAGUAAACUUACUCGGCUUUUGCAGGACUCACUUGGUGGCAACAGCAGAACCGUUAUGAUAGCCUGCAUCAGCCCUGCUGAUAUAAAUGCCGAGGAAACUCUUAAUACUCUGAAGUAUGCAAAUCGGGCUCGCAAUAUACAGAAUAAGCCGGUUGUAAACAGGGAUCCUAUAUCUAACGAGAUGUUGAAGAUGCGCCAACAACUGGAGUAUUUGCAGGCAGAACUUUGUGCCCGUGGGGGAGGAGCUUCCUCUGACGAAGUACAGAUUCUUAAGGAUAAGAUUGCUUGGCUUGAAGCUGCUAAUGAGGAUCUCUGUCAAGAACUUCAUGAAUACCGCAGCAGGGGCACUGCCAUGGAGCAAUGUGAAACAGAUGCUAAAGUUGGUCGCAGCUAUUCUGUGAAAAGUGAAGGGCUUAAAAGGGGUUUGCAAAGUAUGGACUCAUCUGAUUAUCCAAUGAGUGAAAAUGGUGAUUCUGGUGAUAUUGAUGAAGCAGCAAAAGAGAUGGAGCAUACCCUUCUGCAAGAUUCUAUGGACAAGGAGUUGACUGAAUUAAAUAGGCGCUUAGAGCAGAAGGAGUCAGAGAUGAAACUUUUUGGAGGCUCUGACACCAUGGCUCUUAAGCACCACUUUGGUAAGAAGAUUAUGGAACUUGAGGAUGAAAAAAGAACUGUGCAGCAAGAGAGGGACCAUUUGUUGGCUGAAGUUGAAAACCUUGCGGCGACUUCUGAUGGGCAAACACAAAAAUUGCAUGAUAUGCAUGCCCAGAAAUUAAAAGCCUUGGAAGCACAGAUACAGGAUCUUAAGAAGAAACAAGAGAACCAGGUUCAGCUUUUAAAGCAAAAGCAAAAGAGUGAUGAAGCAGCUAAACGAUUACAAGAUGAAAUACAAUUCAUCAAGGCUCAAAAGGUUCAAUUACAACAAAAGAUUAAACAAGAGGCUGAACAAUUUCGUCACUGGAAGGCAUCUCGAGAGAAGGAAUUGUUGCAGUUACGGAAGGAGGGAAGACGGAAUGAGUACGAAAGACAUAAACUGCAAGCAUUGAAUCAGCGUCAGAAGAUGGUUCUUCAGCGGAAGACAGAAGAAGCUGCAAUGGCAACCAAAAGACUAAAAGAGUUGCUAGAAGCACGCAAGUCUUCAGCUCGUGACAACUCAGUGGUUAGCAAUGGACAUGGUACAAAUGGUCAGAGCAAUGACAAAUCUUUACAACGUUGGCUUCACCAUGAACUAGAAGUGAUGGUGAAUGUUCAUGAAGUUCGCAAUGAGUAUGAGAAGCAAAUCCAAGUACGAGCUGCACUGGCUGAAGAAUUAGCUGUUUUGAGACAAGUUCACGAAUUUGCUUCAAAGGGAAUUAGCCCUCCAAGGUGGAAAAAUGGUUUUCUCAGGUCAUCUACCAUGUCGCCAAAUGCAAGAAUGGCGUGGAUAGCUUCUCUUGAGAACAUGUUAAGCAUUUCAUCCAACUCACUUGUAGCAAUGGCUUCACAGCUCUCAGAGGCAGAAGAACGGGAGCGUGCCAUCACUAGCCGUGGACGUUGGAACCAGCUACGUUCAAUGGGAGAUGCAAAGAACUUGCUUCAAUAUAUGUUCAACUCUCUCUCAGAUGCAAGGUGCCAAUUAUGGGAAAAGGAAAUUGAAAUCAAGGAAAUGGAGGACCAACUGAAGGAACUCGUAGGCCUACUACGACAGAGUGAAGCAAGAAGAAAGGAAGUUGAAAAGGAGCUAAAACUGAGGGAGCAAGCUGCUACAAUUGCAUUGGCUACAUCAGCUUCAGCCGGCAAUGAAAAGGGGAAUUCUCACAAUCCACUAAAACACCUAGCUGAUGAUCUGAGUAGUCCCUUGUCUCCCAUCCCAGUUCCAGCACAGAAACAGCUCAAAUAUACAGCCGGCAUCGCCAAUGGUUCAGUCAGGGAGGCUGCAGCUUUCAUAGAUCUGACAAGAAAGAUGGUGCCAAUAGGCCAAUUGUCAAUGAAGAAAUCUGCGGCAGUGGGGCAAGGUGGGAAACUAUGGAGGUGGAAGAGGAGCCAUCGUCAGUGGAUUUUACAGUUUAAAUGGAAGUGGCAAAAACCUUGGAGACUUUCAGAAUUGAUUAGGCACAGUGAUGAAACAAUCAUGAGGGCAAGGCCUCGUCCACAGGCUCUGCCGAAUGUGCUACAUAAUAGUCGUUAACUUAGAUGUCACUAUUGUAUAUAAGUUUUAUCUCACCUUCAGCCCCAGUGCUUGGCACAGGGAAAAGAUAGAAAUAAGUGAAGAAUACGGCAUAAAUGGCAGGAGGGGGAUCUCUGCUUAUCUUGGUCAUAUGGAUGAAUUGGAGUUUCAGUAUAAUAGGUUUGCAAUUGUCAAAUUCUGUUCCUAUGGUUACUUAAUCGGAGCAUCCUGUAAAGCUGUGUCGAUGCUACGGUGAGCCACCUAAGUACUCACAAAAACAAUGCUGGGAUGUUUCCAUGGUGAAGUUUCAAUGCAUUGGUGAUGGUAAAUUUUGCACCUCGUGGUGGUCUCAAAUACUGUGGUAUACUUUUCUGCAAUAGCCAUUAAUUCUUCUGAGCAAAGUUCUUCCACCGAAUCACAGCAGUCUGUGGAAUGGUCCAUCUGAAUUGUUUUUAUAAUUGUUUGUUAAUUUGGCUCGUCUGCUCUAGUGUAUAUAGUAUAUGCAGCAUAUUUGUUUAUAAGAACAGCAAAGGGUUGUUUCUUCUCUUUUUGUUUUUUUUUUUUUUGGCGUCAAGUGUGUCUGAUAGUAUAGAUUAUGAUGCAAGAAACUGACCCUGUACCAUUCUUUUUCAUAACAAAG